UUUUUUUUUUUUUAAUAGAGCAAUGGAACGCUCAUUAGAAAAACCAAAUCCAACUCAAAGGACUUGUAUGACCAUAGACACUACUAUUGCUCAAAAUGCUUAUACUCCUCAGUUACGACGAAAUCGUAGUGUAGUUCACCAACCUCGACCUCGUUCAGUUUAUACCUCAGAUCCUGUCAUGUCACCUGAUGAACUUACGGCCAAGAUUGCUGAUAGUUUUCAACAGUUUUCUUCCAUGUUAAAUCAAAUGCAAAAAACAACAAAAAAGCAAUCUACUUUGGAUACAAACAAUCACUCCAAACGACUUUCAAGCAACAAGAAUAUCUUGUUAUCUCCCAUCUCAAUGACAAGUCCUACAAGCAACAACAAUUCUACUACUAACACUCCUUCAUUAGGUCCUCUUCAGCAACCAAUGAAUAACAAUUAUGACCAGACUACAUUACUGACUACUCCUCCCGUAUGCAAAAGUAACACGACUGUACAAGACAAACAAUUGGUGAAUCAAUUUCUAAGGGCCGCUUCCAAUGGUGACACAUAUUUGGUUAAGACCUUGGGACACAAAUGCAGGGAUUUGAUCAAUGUAGCUGAUGAUGAAGAAGGCACUACUGGUUUAAUCUAUGCAGCUUGUUUUGGUCAUCUCUCUACUGUUAAAUGGUUCCUGGAAGCAAAUGCUAUUGUUGAUCUACAAGAUAAUCGUGGGUGGACAGCUUUGAUGUGGGCAACAGUGAACCAUCAUGAUACCAUAGUGGAAAUUCUUUUAUCUCAUGGGGCAACACCAGAAAUACAAUCGAUCAAAGGAAAUACUGCAUUGGACUUUGUAUUUGGCGAUGAUCAGACUUUGACAGCAUUACUCCAAUCAACAUCUCAAUGUUCUCGACGACAUAGUGUUUCGGUCCAUCGGAUGGUCAAAAGAAAAAAAAGCAAUCAACUCCUUGUGAAAUCAGCACGUAGACAAUCGACUCCCGUUUUGACAACCUCAGCUUCAACAACGACAAAUAAACUCUCUUCAAAUAGAAUCAGUGGAUUUCAACAUUCAGGCUUGGAUGCGUAUACUCAUUUUAUGACGGCAGAAUCAGAAAGACAUCGAUUAUUAACCCAACGACAUGAGCUUUUUUAUGAUGCUCUUGUCAAUAUCAACAAUAACAAAUCUGUUAGAUCUUCUUCUUCUGGAUUCAGCACGAAUGAUGAUGACGACGAUGAUGAUGACGAUAACAAUGAUGGUGAAAGGCAAGAAACAUUGAAGAAAUUGGAAGCAAGUAUUCGAUCGACACAUACCUUUGUUUGGGAUAAUUGUCAAGUGGAUCAAAUGUUUGUGUUCUCUCUGGAUGAUCUUAAUUCUCUCUUGGAUGUAGUUUUGGACUUGAAAACAAUCCCCAAAACAAUAUCUAUCAACAACAAGGAUGACACCCUAUGGAUUCCAGCCAAUCUUUUAUUUCUAUGUGCAAGAUUUGCUUAUUAUUAUGCUACUCGUGAUGUCUUGAUGCAAUUCUUCGAUAUAUCUAUAGCCAGGCUCUCAAAGGUGACAAAGCAAUGUGCUAAGGAUACCACUCUUUUGUGUUACUGGAUGACAAACAUAUAUCAACUCAUAGCAUACCUCAGACGUGAUACUGGAUUGGAAAGCGGUACAAAGCAGAGACAGGAACAGCUGGCGGAUUUGAUGGUAGAAUUGUAUACUCUCUUCCUUAGAGAUUGUGAACGACGAUUGGAUAAAUUAAUGAGUAUUGCACUGCUGGAUUAUCAAGCUAUACAGGAUAGGACAUCUGUUGAUUUUGUGGAUUCUAAUGAUUGGUCCAAGUUCUUUCAACGCCGAGGAUCUAUGCGAACAUCAAUGGAGAGCAAUACUGGUGGUAUUAAUACUUCAACAACAACAACAACAACAACAACAACAACAACAACAACAACAACAACAACAACAACAAAUUUGAAUGGGGAUGAAAACAAUGAUGGCAGUGAUGGACCAAAGACUGUUAUUAAGUUGCUGAGUGACAUUGAAGAUACAAUGAUAACAAUAUACGAACUUCCUGGAUACUUGGUACAACAUACGAUGGCGCAAUGUAAAUUUUACAUUCUAUGUGAAUCAUUCAAUCAAAUUCUGGCAAAUAAAAAAUACCUUUGUCGAUCCAAGGCUUUAUCGAUUCGUUUAAAUAUCUCUGUACUUGAAGAAGAAUGGCAACGUGAUGGAGAUAACAGUCAAGUGGUAGGACUGGAACGACUUACUCAAUUAUUACAACUACUUCAAUGUUUAUCUGGAUUGAACGAUGUGGAUAUAUUUAGAUCUACUUGUCAAGAAUUAACUUGGUUAUCGCCAAUACAUAUCAAACGUUGUGUUAGUCAUUAUCGUUAUGAAAUCUCGGAAUCGCAAUUACCAAAACAUGUGGAAGAAUGGGUGAAUCUACGCGUUCAAUGGUGGCAAGGAAACAACAGUGAAGGACCGAUGAUGACACAUCAUUUAUCUCAACUCAAAUCAUUUUUAUUAGGGAAAUAUGUGGAAAAUAACAAGAAAGAAGAUUUAUUACAAAUGAUGGAAAAAGGAUCAAUGGAAAGUCGAUAUAUAUUACCAUUCAAUCAACAACAAGAACAAAAAGAUGAUAUGAAGGAUGUUACAACAUUAUCAUCUGAAUCCAUGUAUUUAGAAAUUAAACAAAAAGCUGAACGUGAAAAGAAAGGAAAUAUUAUUCGUAUACCUAGUCUUCCUUACAAAUUGAUAGAUAGAUUAGAGAAAAAACUUCACAAAUAAAAUAAACAAAAUAAAAAUAAAAAUAAAA